AUGAGGACUGACUAUCCUGAGCAAGGUGACAGCAGGGCACAGUUAUGGAGUAGAGGCUUGAUAACGGCUGUUUCCCCCUUAGCAAGCUGCCCUCUGGAUGCCCAUUACGAACGCUGUGCCUGCCCGGCAUCCUGCAAGAGCCCCAAGCCCAAAUGCGAGCUCCUCUGCAAGCCUGGCUGUGUCUGCAAUUCUGGCUUUUUGUUUAGUGGCUCCCACUGCAUCAAUGCCUCUUCCUGCAACUGCUUCUACGACAAUAAUUACUAUAAGCCCGGGGCAGAGUGGUUCGGCCCCAACUGCACAGAACGCUGUCACUGCCAGCCGGGCAGUCGGGUGGAGUGCCUGACCUCUCAGUGUGGGAAACACACAGUGUGCCAGCUGCAGAACAACCAGUACAGAUGUCACCCCCAUGGCACUGCCACCUGCUCUGUCUAUGGAGAUCCUCAUUAUCUCACCUUUGACGGGAGGCACUUUAGCUUCAUGGGCAGAUGCACCUACAUCUUGGCCCAAUCCUGUGGCAACUCGACAGAGCCCUUCUUCAGGGUGGUGGUGAAGAAUGAGGAACGAAUGCAGGAAGGCACGUCUUGCCUGAGUGAAGUCUACGUGACGCUGCCUCAGACCACCGUCACCCUGCUCAAGGACAGGCGCACUCUGGUUGGGGGUCAACAAGUCGCCCUCCCAUCCAUACCCUUUAAAGGCAUCUUCCUGGCUUCAAGUGGGCGAUUUGUGGAGCUGCAGACUGCAUUUGGUUUGAGGGUGAGAUGGGAUGGUGACCAGCAGCUGUUUACGACUGUGCCCAGCACCUACUAUAGCAAGGUCUGUGGUCUCUGUGGCAACUAUGACGGCGAGAGUAGCAACGACAACCUGAUGCCUGAUGGUAGGCCUGCACGGGAUGAGGACGAGCUAGCCGUCAGCUGGCAGACCAAGGAGGAUGUGAACAAGGAGUGCCAGAAGAACAAGGCAAAUCCCCCAUCUUGUAACUCAACCUUGCAGAACACUCUAUCGGGGCCAGAGUUCUGUGGACGACUUGUGGUCUUCCAUGGAGCCUUUGAGGCGUGCCUGCCUCACCUCAUGGCUUCUGUCUUCCUCAACAACUGUGUGCUUGACAUGUGUAACUUCCAGGGGCUGCAGCAGAUGCUGUGUGCUCAUAUGGCAGCCUUGACUGAGACCUGCCAGGAUGCUGGCUAUGGGGUGAAGCCCUGGAGAGAACCCCAGUUCUGCCCUCUGGACUGCCCACCCAACAGCAAGUAUACCAUGUGUGCCAACAUGUGCCCUGACACCUGCCAUUCAAGUUUCUCUGGCAUGUCCUGCCGAAACCGAUGUGUGGAGGGCUGUGAGUGCAACCCUGGCUUCGUCCUCAGCGGUCUCCAGUGCGUGCCCCGAUCCCAGUGUGGGUGCGUGGACUCCACCGGCAGCUACCUCAUGAUAGGGCAGAAGUGGUUCAAAGCAGGCUGCAGAGAGCUCUGUAUCUGUGAGGGCAACAACAGAUUUCGCUGUGUACUCUGGAGGUGCCAGGCCCAGGAAGUCUGUGGUCAGCAGGAUGGCAUCUAUGGCUGCCAUGCUCAGGGGUCUGCCACCUGCACUGUCUCGGGGGAUCCCCACUACCAGACCUUCGAUGGAGCCCUGCACCACUUCAUGGGCACCUGCAGCUACACCCUGACGCAGCCUUGCUGGUCAUGGUCGCUCGACAACCACUUUGUCGUGGGCACCACCAACGAAUUCCAAGGUGGGAACUUGGAGGUCUCCUACGUGAAAGCCGUGUAUGUGAAGGUCUUCAACCUCAGAAUCUCACUGAUCAAAGGCCACAAGGUUGUGCUGAAUGGUCGCCAGGUGGCCCUGCCUGUAUGGCCUGCACGUGGUCGGUUAAGCAUUAGGCUCAGUGGCUCCUUCAUUCUCCUCUACACUGACUUUGGCCUUCAAGUUCGCUAUGAUGGGCACCACCUGGUCAAAGUGACAGUACCCUCCACCUACGCUGGCCGGCUCUGUGGGCUGUGUGGAAACUACAACAACAACAGCUUAGAUGACAAUCUGAAACCAGAUGAAAAGCCUGCAACCAACUCCAUCCAACUGGGAGUUUCCUGGAAGUCAAAAGAAUACUCUGAACCUGGCUGCUUCUUUGAGGGUGUCAAGCCUCCUAGAUGCCAGGGGAAUGAAGUGGAACACACCUGGGAUAAAAACUGUGAUAUCUUAACCAACCCUCUGGGACCUUUCUCCCAGUGCCACGAGGUGGUACCCCCACACUCCAGCUUCACCAGUUGUGUGUACGGCCAGUGCGGGACCAAGGGCGACGCCCUGACCCUGUGCCGCUCCCUGCAGGCCUACGCAUCCCUGUGUGCCGAGGCCGGCAGGGCCCCUGCCUGGCGGAACAGCACCUUCUGCCCUCUGAGGUGCCCAUCUGGCAGCAGCUACAGCCCCUGUGCCAACCCUUGCCCAGCCACCUGCCUCAGCCUGAGCCCCCCACGGGAUUGCCCGGCAGCACUGCCCUGUGUCGAGGGCUGUGAGUGCCAAAAAGGCUACGUCCUGAGUGGAACCUCCUGUGUGCCCCUCAGCCAGUGUGGCUGCACUGACCCCAAAGGCUCCUACUACCCGGUUGGGGAGAGCUGGUACACAGACGACACCUGCUCCAGGCUCUGCUCCUGCUCCACCUACAACAACAUCUCCUGCCUCCAGACCUCCUGCAAGCCUAGCCAAAAGUGCGGGCCCCUGGAUGGGCUGAUCCGCUGCCGCGCUGCAGGUAUGGGAGUGUGCCGGAUCUCAGGCACCUCCCACUAUGUGAGCUUCGAUGGCAGUUACCACGCCAUCAGGAGCACCUGCACCUACGUCCUGGUGAAAACGUGCCACUUCACCAUGGACCUGCCUUUCUUCAAGAUCAGUGGCGAGAAUGGGAGGAGGGAAGACCAGUCCCCUGCUUUGUACCUCCGCCAGGUCAACAUUAACAUCUUUGAUUCCCUGAUCAUCUUGCAAAAGGGCCACCGUGUGCUGAUCAAUGGCAAGCAGUUCACCCUUCCCUCCACCAACAAGGUCCGGGGUGUCAGCAUCUCUGCAAGUGGCAUCUACACUGUGCUCAGUGUUUACAUUGGGCUACAAGUCAAGUUUGACGGCAGUGGGUUCUUAGAGAUCGAACUCCCUAGAGUCUAUUAUGGAAAGGUCUGUGGCAUGUGCGGGAACUUCAAUGGUGAGGAAGAGGAUGACCUCAUGAUGCCUAGUGACGAACUAGCUCAGAAUGAUACUGAAUUUGUGGACAGUUGGCAAGAUAAGGAGGCCAACCCAACUUGCCAACAAGAUGAGCAGAUGAAGACCAAAAGAGAAGACCAGGAGGAGCUAACUGCAAACUGCGGGCCUGAUCACCUAGCAAGAGCUCAGGAGCAAUGCCAUGUGGCCUUUCAGGCUCCGGCCUGGGCCGAGUGUGCCACCCACGUGGCCCCUAAGCCCUUUCUGCUUCGCUGUGUGCUCAACCUCUGUGAGUUUAGAGGUCUACACAAUGCCCUCUGCGUGUCUCUGCAGGCCUUUGGGGCCGCCUGCCAGGCCCAGGGGCUCAAGCCCCCAAUCUGGAGAAACAGCAGUUUCUGCCCUCUGGAAUGCCCCCCCUACAGCACCUACACGACCUGCAUUCCUCCCUGCUCACCUUCCUGCUGGGACCCGGAAGGCCAGUGCAAGGACGCCGAAGUCCCCUCCCCCUGCGAGGAGGGCUGCAUUUGCCAGCCUGGUUACGUGCUCAGGGAGCAGCAGUGUGUGCCCAGGGCUCAAUGUGGCUGCUGGGAUGCCCAGGGCCGCUUCUUCCCUGCAGGGAAAACCUGGCUCUCCAUCGACUGCACCCGGAACUGCACCUGCAGAGCAGGAGCCAUUCAGUGUCAUCCCUUCCUCUGCCCCCCGGGCUCCCACUGCCAGCCCAACUCCAGUGGUGGCAAGAGCAGAUGUGUCCCCCACAAGUCGGAACAAUGCUCAGUUCUCGGAGAUCCCCAUUACCGCACAUUCGAUGGCCUCAGAUACCACUUCCAGGGCCGCAUGACCUACACUCUGAUCGAGACCGUGGGCACGCUCCCCAGUGGCGUGGCACGCCUGGUCGUGGAGGGACGCAACAAAAUGUCCAUGCCGCUCAGCCUGAUCUUCCUGCAUGAAAUCAUCGUGAUGGUCUACGGCUACACAGUCCAGCUGCAGGCUGAACUGCAGCUUAUGGUCAACGGCCAGAAGACGGCCACGCCCUACAACCCCGAUGAGCAUCUGCUGGUUACCACUCGGGGCCAUCGACUGUAUCUGAUCACUGACUUUGAGCUGGUUGUCAGCUUUGAUGGAAGGAACAGCGCAGCGAUCUCCCUGCCCAGCACGUACCAGGGGCUUGUGCGUGGCCUGUGUGGGAACUUUGACAGGAACCAGAAGAAUGAGUUUAUGCUGCCCAAUGGCUCCCUCACUCAGAACCUCAGCGACUUCGGCAACAGUUGGGAGGUGGAGAUCAAGGGAGGCCUUCCCCACUUGUCCAGCCCCAGGGCCAUCCAAGAGGAGGAGUACAGAGAAGAAAAGCCGGGCUCUGAUGUGUCAGGAUGCAGCCCGGAGCACCAGAGGCUCAUCAACAGCACCCGGGAGUGUAGGGUGCUGGUGGCUCCCCAGGGCCCCUUUGCUGCCUGUCACCAGACUGUGGCCCCAGAGCCCUUCCAGGAGAACUGUAUGUUUGAUCAGUGUGUCACCUGGGACCCCAAAGACCAGGAGGAGCUGCGCUGCCAGGUCCUCAGUGGGUACGCCAUCACCUGCCAGGAGGCAGGCACUGCCCUGGCCAGCUGGCAGGACCACACCCACUGCGCCUUGGUGUACCCAGCCAAUACCAUCUAUCAGAGCUGUAUGACACCCGGCUACAACUCCUGUUCCAACCUGGCAGCCCCCAGGGAUUGCAAGGGCCCCUGGGUGGAAAGCUGUGUCAGCCUCCUGGGCCGCAUCUACAGUGCCACCCAGAGCCUCCCCCUGACCCUCUGUGGUUGCACCAACAACGGCAUCUACUUCCAGAGCGGUGACAGCUUUGUGACUGAGAACUGCUCUCAGUGCCACACCUGUGCCAGACCAGAGGUCCUGCUGAGUGAGCCCCUCAGCUGCAGUGCUGGGGGAGUCUGCACCCUGGGGACCCUCACUCAUGGCUGCUUCCAAGAAAGCCCACGUCUGCAGAACCCCUACCAGAACGAUGGGCACUGUCAGGAGCAGGGCGCCCCCUUCACCUGUGAGUGUGACUUUGCUCACGGAGGAGACCACUGCGUGGAACUUUGGGACAUGCUAUCCCCGGAAAAUCCAGAGGCGGCGUGCCACUUUGUGGUCCCCCUGUUGGGGAUGCUGGUGGCCAUGGCAGUCACAGUGCUGGCAGUGAUCAGAAAUAGUAUUUUCAAGAAGAGGAGGAGAGAGAAAAUUUGGAGCCAGCACACACAGGCUGGCAGACACAGAUUCUGUUCCCAAGCCUGCCUUUAAAGUCACUCAAUUUUGAGUUGUCCUCAAAAGAGGAGAGAUAAAAUAAAGUUAUUUUGGGGAUGUGAAUUUCCACAUAAUCAUGGUGGAGGCAGGGUCGGUGAGGUGGGCCUUGGGGGGAGAAAUAGGAAGGAGACAGGUGUGGGGGGCCUAGGGCUCGGUAACCCACAUGUCCAGAGAGAGGAGGUCUGAGCAGGUGAGGUCUGUCCCUUAGGCAGAGCCAGUGUCUGGCUUCUGGGACUCAGGAGAAAAGAUUGUAUUUGUCAUGUUUCCCCCCAAGGAGUCCUACUCCUCAGAGGACUUGGCCUCUGUGCUUCCUACCGGAGGCAGUGAAAAGAGGUCCUGAGGGGUUUGACAUUUCUGGUGACGAGAUGACUUGGAGAUGACUUGCUCGGUAGAGGCUAAGAAUGGGAAAUGCAGCUUUUUCCAAAGGGCGGCCUCGCUUGUGCCCCUCUGAGGAACCACCCCCACUUCUGCAGGCAUCCAUUUCCCAAAAAGGCCAGCGGGUUACUAUGGCAACUGAGGGUGGGGUCUGAGGCCUUUUGCUGAGGAGUCUUGAGUCCCAUCCUAGGAGUGACACCCCCAACUCAGCCUGAGGUCACAGGGUUUCCCAGCCGGCAUGUCCUUGUUUGGGGGCGGGGGUUGGGGGACGGACGGACAUUCUGCUUGGGCUCAGAGAAGAAAAAGAAAGCUCCCAAUUUGGGGAGGUUGGUCAGGAUGUAGGACCCCAAGGGACAGGGGACCUGGGUUUGGGGCACCAAAGGUGGCAGGGUUCUGAAAAAAUGUCCUUACCCUGUGCUUAUACUCCAAGAUGACCAGCUCUGUAGCCACAUUCCUUUAAGGAAGCAAGACCUAACCUGGCUGCAGCGAGGGCCCCGGGAAGGAGGGGUGACCAUGGCCAGGCUAUCCUGCCCCUUAGCUGGGGGAAGCAACGCACACUCUGAACUGGGUGUGGCAGGCACGCUCAGGAAUUCAGGAGCUGGGCUGACUGUGCUUUAACCCGGGUGUCACGGGGCUUCCUGCUGCACACUCACACAGACCUUCUCCUGGUCGACCCUUUGCCUGUUCUUCAGCUGUGACCUACUCCUUCCCUGGCCAGCUAAGGCCACCUUCUCUAGCCAGGUGUCUGGUUGUCAGGGGAAGGGGUGGCCUGGGCUGACACCCCCCAGAUAGGCCCUUUUCUAGACCCAGACCCCCUCAGUCCUUGGCAGGACCGAGUCCCUUUCUCCCUUGGAGGUGAAAAUAUGGAUGAUAUCUCUUCAAGUGAGGGGACUCCAGAAGCUGCUUCAGGUGGGAAACUGGAGAUGAGGUCACUGCCCAGAGGCUCCCUGGGCUGGGAGAGGCAGAAGCUGUGAUUAUGACCCUGCACCAACCCCACCACCACAACAGGGGUUAACGGAGAGGCAGAAAUGACGAGUUGCUCCACCAGACAAAGCUGCCCUAGUCCAGACCUGCCCCUGCAGGUGUCCCUGAGGGCAGCCGACUGCGGGGAAAGAAACGGAAGAUAGCAGAGAAAAAACGAUGGGGAUUGGCCCCAUCAACUUCCUGUUUGGGAAGAAGACACUGAGUGGUUUCCCCCUCCCCUUCCCAAGAGGAUGGGAAAACCUGCCCGGGCAGCAUCUGGAAAGGGGGAAUUGUCCUGGCCCAGUCCGGCAUCUAUGCGCGCCCGUGCAUGCGUGUGCGCGCGCGCACAUUCGGGGGCCUGCAUCAUCCACCCUGGCUCUCUGCACCUCCCCCACAGCUCAUGCAGACAUUCUCCUCCCAGGCUUUUAAACCAGCCCCAGCUGUCAACAUCUGGCCCACAUCUGUCUCCAUCUGACUGGACCCCCAUCCCAGUGGAUUCCACCCCCCACCCUGACCCCCACACUACAUGGGGCUGUAAAGCGGGGCUGUGAGCUCAAGGCCUCCUCUUUGCUUCAAACAAGCACCCUCCCAGGGCUAGGGAACCAGGGCUAGAAAACCAGGGCAGGGGAGGAGGGGGCAGCCCCACCCCGGAGGUGCCCCAGGCUCUUGGCAGAACCAUCUGGAGCUGUUAGAAGCAGCUGCUAAUGACUCAUCUCCCACUGCCCCCACCCCACCACCUGAAACACACCCUGGGGUUGGGAACUCAGCACCCAGGCCCACCACGGCCUUUCUCCAGACCUCCUACCC